AUGGUCUCUGCCAAUCAGGGCAUGCCAUGGAGUACCAAGCGUUUGCCGACCAGUCGCAGCCGAAAGAAGACGACGACGAGGACGCGCCAAGAUCAUGACGCCGCCGUCGGAGAGAAUCUCCACCACCUACCAUCUCCUCAGCCUCAGACUGCUGUCGGGAGUCAGAGGUGUUCAACUCCAGGGCCGCCUGCUGCUUCCUUGAACUCUUCCUCUCCCAGGACCGGUCUUUUUGAAGGUCGACCCCACGAGCAGAGACAGGGCGCAGCGCGUGGAACACGCAGCUCGGCUCGCAAGGACCUGGUCUCCGCUUUCCCUUGGGAGGCCCUCGACAUAGACAAGCUCAAGUCUACAACGACCACGACCACUCUUAUUGCGCAGGAACUAGCAAGCCCAGCCCUAAACACCACCACCCCAACUGCGGACCUGAGUCCCUCUCUCCGCAUUAUGUCCCGAAAUCGGCCCCGAGGCCCUCCAGUCCCCAGGGACAAUGGCCUCGCAGCCAAUGAGGAAACUGACAUGUGGAACAAGAUUCUACAGGAUCUGCGCAAGGCUAAAGAGAAGAACGACAAGCAAAAGGUCCUGGCAGAGCAAAUAGCCACGCUGAAUGAGAAGAUCGGCCGAGAGGGCGGGAAGCCAACUUUGAGCGAGCAUAACCAACUGGACAGCCUUUACAGGCAGAUGGCGAAGUUGUGCGAGGAGGAACGAGCUAUCCUCCAAGACGAGCCCAGUGAUGUGAUCAAGAACCUCGGUCUUUUGACAGCGCUUCGGCAGGCAUCAGAAGCCGAGGCGCCGCAGAACCGGGCUGCAUCGCUCUCCAAGUCACGGAAGAAGCGAAAUGAGAUGGACGGCUCGGCUACCGACUCGCCGGGUCCGUCCAAUAACUCCUUGUCGGACAAAGUCAGCCGCGUGAAGGGUGGCAUUCAGCGUAGUACCAGUGCUUCCAGCUCGCAGGCCCGCGAGGGCCGGGACCCCAUCGUACAAAUCAAGGUAGAAGAAGGCUCCGAGGGCACGAAGGGCACGCUAGCCGAACGAAGCGGGCAUCUAGUGGUUGGCGCGGAAGUCGUCUUCAAGCACAACAAGAACAAGCAAGGCGUCGAAGGCGAGGGCAUUCAAUGCAUUAUCAAAGGGAUCUCCGGGGAUGGGCCCAAGAAACGGUAUGAUGUACAGGACCCGGAACCAAACGAAAACGGUGAACAGGGCGCGGUAUACAGAACCGCCGCAGCGUCGCUGAUCCCAAUACCUCGCAUCGGGUCUACAUUGCCCUCGUUUUCUCUUGGGAAACAAGUUCUGGCAAGAUAUCCAGACACUACCACUUUCUAUCGUGCCGAGGUUAUGGGUACUAAGAAGGAUGUCUAUCGCCUCAAGUUUGAGGGUGAGGAAGAUGAUAAGGAGAUGGAGGUUGACCGCCGCUUCGUUCUGGACAUUCCCGGAAAGUAAUGCACCCGUCUCUGUGCCUCUCCUAUCAGGCCUUUGCUCUCGCUCAAGCCUCGAUAUAAUGCCAAGCCAGAUGGAUGGUUCUGAAGGGAAGUAGGAAAAGAAAGGGGAUAAGUCCGGAAUCGCCUCAGGUUUAUGGCGCGGGAAACAUUCUACGAUACUGCAAUCAGAGGAAGGGUGAAAUCGGCUGCCAGUUUGAUCGAUCACUUGAUACCCAUUUUUUAGCUAGGUUUUUUUAUGAUUUGGUGGAGUUCUAUGACUUUGCACGGAGUUGGACUUGCUUUUCAUCUGCCAAUUUUCAACCUGCUUCUUUUCCUUCUCUUUGUUACUUAGAAUAGGUGGUUCUAUACCGGACAAAUGAUAUUGUGAACGAAAG